AGUAGCGUUGUAUUUGUAAACAUGUGUAGGAUUAUGGAUGAUCCAUUCAAACGAUUUUUAUAUAACGGACUUUAUUAAAAUAUAAUUGCUUGCAAGUAGACCUAGUCCCAUUUAGAUUUGUUCACCCGCAUGCAGACUUACUAACACAUGUAGACUAAGAGAUUUAGUUAGUACAGAUACUCAACCACCUAUCAGUAACAACUUGACACUCAAAAAUUUGCUUCACGCUGUGAAGAAGGGAAAUAACUCGUGUUCAUUACUUACAAAAAUUCGAGAUCGAAAACAAUCUAUUUCUAGUUGAUGAACGUGCACGAAUAACUGUCUAAUUCAGGAGAAGAGGACAUUUAAAAUUUAAAAAAAACAACAGACGAUUAUAUAAAAAGGAGUACAAAAAAUUGUGUGUGUGUGUGGAUAGAUUUUUAUUUCCCAACAAAGAUUUUGUGUCGAGGGAUGCACAAGGUUGCCGAUGUAACGAGGAACGCGAUUGGUCGAAACAGUGAUUGCUGAGAGGAUUCUGUUAACAUGUAAAUAAACACUUUUGUGUUUGAGGAUUUUUUUUAAAAGAGAAGCUACUGAUUUUUGUUUGGAAAUGGGAGCUAACCAGUCAAACGGAGAGUUGGGACACGAGAGUUGCAGGACUUUGGGAGACAACCCAUAUCAGACAGCAAGUUUCAGGGGACAUCACUCAGUUGAUGGGUUAUAUCCAAGAACUGAAAGGAAAAUAAAAGCCAAACCUAGUCAGCCGGGGAAACCUGUGUUUACUGAAGUGACCCACGACACAAUAUCCUUAACAUGGGCGCCACCUCGGUCCGACAGCGGAAACAUCUUGGCCUACACCAUAGAGAUCGCCAACAUGAGCCCGUGUGGGGACAGGCAGUGGAAGACAGUGACCAAGGCGUGCCAGGGUACCAGCUACGACAUACGUCACCUGGCUAGCAACACAGAAUACGUUUUCCGCGUACGAGCUGAAAAUGUUUACGGGAUUGGGAAACCGAGUGUUCCGUCGGAUAUUGUUGUAACGAAUAUGUUCGAGACGUUGGCGAAUCAACGAACGAUUGAGGUGACGCCUGUGUGUGCGGUGGAGGAGGUGGGAAAUAAAAAUGUGCGACGUCGGCACAGCUUCAACAUCCAUCUUGAUGGUGGCAUCACCAACAUUUUAAACCACUCGGAUAUUGUUUUGAAAACAUCCUCUUCCAGACAGUCAUCAACAACAAAUGAUGAAAUGACCCAUACCCUGACCAGGGGUAGCAUACACAGAACCUCCCUCAAAAACAGGAAAAUAUCUCAACCCAUUCUGUUGCCAGGAACCGGAACUAAUUCCUUGAACAGACUCAAAGAAUCCCGGAACAGUCUCAGGAACGGUUCCACGGAGAACCAGACAGUUCCCAAAAAGUCUGCCAGAAACAGACACAGGGACUCUAGAAGUAGUGUCGAGUCCGGUAUCUCCGACAGUAACACUUCCUCCGUUUCAACUGAAAAUCUGAAAAAAUCUGGCCAGGAUUCCCAGAGUUCAAGAGGGAGCAUUCAGUCUAACCAAUCAGACAUGACUGUGUCUAAUACAAAAGAGGAUUAUUUUGAGAAAGGGUCUAAAAAUAGCCUGUGUUAUUCCAACAACUCUGACGACCACUGUGACGGAGUUGAACGGAAGACAAAUUGUGACAGCACCGAGCCAAACUUCCUCAGCACAUUUGUUAGCACCACCAACAACAACAACUGGGUGCUCAGCGACUACAGUCAGUGUCUUAAAGUCAGCGACACUGAGUCAGACAGAGAUAUUUACAACAUGGCCGAUGGCCUGAAAAAGUUUGAAAUCACAGAAGAAAAUCUCAAGUUCCACAAUUUAAAACAAAAAUUAAAUGGAGAAAAUUUAGACAUUGACUCGUUGAAAGGGUAUUACGACCAUUUAGAAAACCCUUGGCAAAAAGAUGGUUCAGUGAAUGGGGUAUCAGAACAAAUCAUGGCAGCGCCGUUGUGUGAUGAUGCCAAGAUGGCCAGAAUGGCACUAAUUGGCAAGGGAUUUUUGGAAGGGGAUAACUUGGCUUACAGUGACAGCGCUUAUCUGGCCACCAGUAUCUAUGCAGAUAACAACAGAGACUUCCGGACUUUGAGAAGUGUUUUGCAGUCAGAUAACAUGAUUGUGAAGUCAGCUAGGUCACUGCCUGAUGUCAUGGGAAUGAUUCUGGGGGAGAAAGGGGAGGCUAGAGUGUUAACCAGAGGAAAGCUUACCACUAUAGAUGAUGCGGACGAGGACGAAGAUGCUGUGAGGGUUACCACCCUUUAAUCUUACAAAUGUUUCGAAAUAGUCUUACACAGUCAAGCAUUGUUUAUUUAAAUAUUCAAGUACUUAAAAUUUACUUUUAUACCAUACUCAAAUUUAGAAGUAGUAACUUUUUUUUGUACCUUUUGAAUCAAGAUUUUUUUUUUCAACUGCCAUCUAAAAUAUGUUUAAAUAAAUUUUAAGUGCAAUAAUUAGCUAAUUUGAACAAGUUAAUUUCUAAACAAUGGCCUAAUAAUGUAUGGGUGGGCCCACCUUUUUAAUACUGUGUGUUUUUUUUUUUUGGAAAAUAGAAAACUUAGAUUAUAGUUGCUUAUAUCAGUAAAACAAUUAUUUAUUUAGGACAAUCUCAGAUACUCAAAGUAAUACUCCACUGUGUCUUGUACUGUAUAUAGAGAUAUACAAUGUUCUUGUUAUGUUUUUACAUGCAUAAUAACAAUAUGCACAAUACUGACUUGCCAAUUCACUGCCACGUGGACCUGUGUCACUACACUGACACAUAAAGCAUGAUCUUAGAUUUGUAUUUUUAUAACAAUUGUCGUAUGACUAAGUACUAUAAUAUAUCUAAUAUUGUUAUGUAUAUAAUGUAAAGCGAAGUUAUUCUUCAAAUGCCCUCCAAGUAAUACAACAGUUGGUUGAAUUACUAAUUAAUUAGUUAUUAGUUUUGUCAUUCCAUAAAAUUAGUUGCAUGAAGAAUUGCUAAUCAUGUUUAGUCAUGCAUUCCAUAAAGCCAGAAAAUACCUUGACCUUGAAUGAUUAUAAUAAAUUCCACCUUUGUUAAGGUUAAGUGAAUGUUUUUUUUAACCAGUAAAAAUAACUUGAUUAUGUACACAAAUCAACUGAAACAGAUAUCAAUACAGUUUCCCAUAGCCCUUUGUUAUCUUAUUAUUGACGCUACUUUAACAACAAAAUUAAUAAUAACUGCCAACAACCCUAUAAUGUUGUGUACAUACAACAUCGUCUUUGUCUUUACUUCUCUCCAUCAACAAGAAUCUUUUCCAAGUGCCAUUUCUGUACAUGAAUAUAUUUAUUCCUUUUGUUCAUUUCAUUAAGUGGAAAGUAAAGAAACGAAUUUCCUAAAUCUAUUGUUGCCUUGAAAAUUGAAAUUGUUGCACCUAUAGAAGUGUGAAAUGAAAGAAAAAGUGUAUAAUAAUUUUUUUUCUAUUGUUCAUUAAGAAAACAAAAUAUGAGAAAAUUUCUUGUUUGUUUGGAUUUUAGUUUUAUAAAUUUAAUCAUGAAAGAGAAAACAUGCUGUUUAUGCUAGCUAAGAGCAACAACUAUACUUGAAUUUACAGCUUUUGUUUGUUAUUUCCCUUUGUCGAACUAAACAUCGUCCAAAAGGUUUCUUUAAAAAAUUUAGCGAUUAAUAAUUUCUUUGUUGUAAUUUAAUUAUUGCUUUCUACAAAACUCUUUUUCUAUCAUGCCUGUUAUUUAUAGUAAUUAUUGGUUUCUACAUAAAUCUAUUUCAUGAAGUAAUAAAUGAUAAAACAUGUAAAA